AUGACUCUCUGCAUUCCCGUUAUCAUCUAUGUCAGUCAAUAUAUAAACGAUUUGUAUCUAGUAACCGAUGCUUUAUCGCCCAUUUGGCAAGCAAGUUUGUCUUUUCUGAAAAUGAUUUAUUUUAUUUGGAAUAAGAAAAAAAUUGUUAAAUUGGUGCGUAGAAUAUGGCUGUUGAAUGUGAAAGUUACUGAUGGAGAUUUGAAAAUAUUACAUGAGGAAAAUCGUAGAGAUACAACAUUUUCUAUGGUUUACUAUAUAUUAGUUUUUACAACAGGUGUAUUGGCUUUGGUAUCACCCUUUGCUGUAGCAUUGUUCUAUUAUCUAAAGGGACUAGGCUUUCGAGAGAAUUUGGAUCCUCCCGUUAAAACAGCAACUUACUUUCUAGAUACUAAUAGCCAUUUGGGUUAUGCUGUUGCAUAUCUCUGGAAUUUAUUCUGUGUUUAUUUUAUAAUCAAUGGAAAUCUUGCCAUUGAUUCGCUAUACUCUUGGUUCAUGCACAAUGUGGUGGCACAAUUUCGCAUUCUCAAAUUACAUUUUAAAAUCGAUGCCAAUACGGUUCGUCAUCGGGGAGAUGAAGAGGAAUUUCGCCAGCUAAUAGUUCAUCGUAUAAAACAUCAUUGUCGUGUUAUUGAUUUGGCUGAAAAUUUCAAUGAUGUCUUUAAGAUUAUAGUUUUCCUAAAAUUCACCAUUAGUUGUAUACAAAUUGCUUUCCUGGCCUAUCAAUUUGCCCGGGGACGUGAACUGUCUGCGCAGUUAUUUCAUCUAUCCUUUUUGAUAUCGGUUUCAUUGCAGUUGAUAUUGUAUUGUGGUGGCGGACAAAGGAUUAAAGAUGAGAGUACUUCGGUAGCUUUUUACAUUUAUGAUUCUUUCAAAUGGCAUGAUUUGAGUAUAAAAACAAAAAAGCUGUUACUUAUGCCUCUGAUGAGAGCCCAAAAACCUUGUGUUGUGACUGGAGUGUUCUUUGAAGCCGACUUGAGUUUAUUUAUGUGGGUUUUCAAAACUGCUAGCUCCUUCAUAACUAUGCUUUUGACUCUCGAGGAAAAGGGGUCUAACUAA